AGUGGGAGGAGAAGCUCUUCGAGCAGCUCCCACCAGAGCAAAGAGGAAAUACGGAAAAAAAAAAAAUAAUAACAAAAAAAACUAGAGAAAUCUCCACUGCACGUGCUGCUCUUUCUCGCUCUCUCGCCGACUUUAUCCGGCGAAUGAGAGGCCAACAAAUUCAGUGUGCCACACACAUACCAAGAUACAAACGCCCGACUGCCUUGGUGUGGGUGUCUCACGAUGUCUGGCAUUGGUAUUGGUGUUGGUUUCGCCGCUGAACGAGUGACGAUUCUACUCAGAAGUCAGUUUCUUGCUGGGCAGUGUCGGUUCAGGUUCAUCGACGCUCCGCACGCGCUGCCGCGAUUUCCUCAGUGCUAAAAACGCAAGAAGCGUCUUUUUCGGCUCAAAAAUUACACAAAAUAAAGAAAGAAAAAAAAAAAAAAGGAGGGAAAGAGGAAAACCCGAACGUAACGAAAUCUUCGCAGUGCGUUUGCAGACUCCCCCUACCCCCCGCUCAGUACUCAACGGACUACUUCUACUCUCACUCCUUCUCGCUCGCUCUCGCCGAAGAGAGUUUCAGUGGUUGGUGGUUUUGGUGGUUUGGUGGUGCUGCUGCCGAAGCUCUGCCGACGCCGACGACGACGCCACGUCGGGAAAACCAACCUCUUGCAGUGGAAAUCUUUUCGUACGUUUUCGUUAUUUGUUAUUCGCACGUUGACGCGACGAGACCGCGAAACACACACGACAGCAACGACUGCAGCAAAAUGCAAUUGCCCACAAUGAUCGCGCGUGCAACACUAAGUGGCAAGCCCUAAAUACCAUCUAAUCCAAAACUAAACUUGCCAAAAUUCAGUUUCUCAAAGCCAAGUGAAAAGUGUGUGUCUUACCAUUAAGUAAUAUAAAUCAAUUAAAGCCAAGAAAAAAGAGAAAAGAAAAAAAAACACACAAUAAGCCAAACACGCAAACCCAGCAUAAAGCACAAAUAAUACAUAAAAAAAAAGAUAAAGUGUGAUAUUUUGAUAUUAGCAAUUAGAGUUUACACAACGCAGCCUAAAAAAUUAUUGUUAAAUCUGUGUGUUUGCCACCCAAAAGGCAAAAGCUGAAAAUUGGAUAAUGCUUGGAUAAUUCCCCGCCUCCUACGAUAACAACAAAAACCGAAACGCUAAAGACUAUGCCAGAUCUCUAGAGAUUGCGACUCGGCCACCAGCUAAAUCAAAGAGUUUGGAAAGUCUCGCCAGGUUGCCCGCAAGAAUCCCAAUCCACGCAGGCUGGAUACCCUGUGGCCAGAGUUGCCAAGGUCACACCCGCUGUAUAAGGAGACACGACCCCCGACCCCAUCCCCAACUCCAACCCAAUCCCAGCCAAAAGCCUCCAAUCCGCAGGAGAAGCCGCCGCUUAAGAAGCAAAAAGUUGACCUCAUGACGAUGGCAGAAGGCACCGACCCCAUGGGGCAUGGUCACCACACGAAUCCGCACAACCCCCCGCCCCAGCCGCCGCAGCACCAUCCGCACCACCUGCCCCUGUCCCAUCCCCCGCCGGCACCGCCGCCGCAACUCCUUAAUUUCAAUCACCACCAGCAGCAGUAUCUUCCCCAUAUGUAUCCUGCGCCCGCGGCUGCGGCUCAAUCUCACUCCCACUACGGUGGCUUGCAGUAUCCGCAUCCACAUGCCAUGCAGCAUCAGCAGCACCACCCUCAUCAGCACCACCUGCCGCUGGCAUUGAGCCUGCAUCAACAGGCGGCUGCUGCGGCGGCAGUGGCUGCAGCGGUGGCCACCAACCACUCCAACAACAACAACCAGGCCUGUGUGGCCAACAAUAAUAUCGUGGUUCCAUGGAAGCAGCGCAAGCGCAAGAGGCUCUCCGCGGUGCUGGACAAACUGCACCAUAAUAAUAAUAACAACAACAAUGAAACCCACUCCAAUGGCUUGGCCUGCAAAGCGGAGCCCAUGGAUAUGGAGGAGGUUGAAGAUCCUGAACAAGAUGAAGAGGAUCAUGAUGGUUCUAUGCCCGAUGAUGAAGAGGAUCAGGAAGAAGAUCCUGGCAAGUAUAUCAAAAGCGAACAUCCCGUAAGUGAGGACGAGGAGAACGAACCGGAAAUGGACAACGACAACGAGGACAUUUCUGGGGAGGAUCUCGAGCUGUCGCACAGCGAUGAUAAUGAUCAGGAUAGCCCUAGGAUCAGCAUGAGUCCUCUGCAAUUGCAGGCCUCCCAGAGCAAUAUCCCCCAAGACCAGAAUCAGCCGCUGAACAAAGAGAAUCCGCUGCAUGUGGACAUCAAGACUGAGAUUCCCGGCCCCUACGAUAGAUAUUUCCCGAUAUCAUCACCUCUGUUCGGUUACUACCUGCACACCAAGUAUCUGAAUGAGGUGUUCCGCCGGCGUCAUGAUCUCUAUCCCUCGCCCCUGCAGCACACCCCAUCUUCGAUAGCUUCCGAGACGGAGACUUCACCCAAUUCUCAGGAGCGUAAGAGCAGCUCCAAUCACAUGUUGCCCCAUGCUCUCUUGGCUAAUAAUUCACCACCGCCAUCGCUGCCCUCGCCACCGCGCAGCGAAUCCUCGGUGACCAAUAAUGUAGCCGCCACCACCACCACAACUAGCAGCACCACCAAGAAGCGCACCAGUCCCAAACCCAAGGGCAAGAAGGGCGACAAGAAGCCCAUGCCUCCGCCACAGGAGCGUCCCUUAGAUCUUUGCGUGCGCAACGAGGUGGAGCCGCCCAAGAAGUACAAAAAGUCCGGCUCGAAAUCCUCUCAUGAGUCCCGUUCUGCCGUUAUGAUGCCACCACCGCCGGCCCUAAGUGCGGCUAGCAGUUUGGAGAGCAUGAGUGCCCUGUCCCCGGCUUCGAGUAGCCACUCAGGUCACAUGCCCAUCACCACCGCUGCCACGCCCAACCACCAGCCACCGCCCAAUUCUCCAUAUGCCAAUGCCAUGAACGCUGCCCAUGCAGCUGCAGCGGCAGCGGCAGCCAUGAUCAAGAUGGAGAUGCCAUUGCAUCCACUGCACCACCAGCAGAUGCAUCACUCGCAAGUGCCCACCACCACAGUGGGUGUGCCGGUGAUCAAGGGUGAUGUGGCCUCGCCCACAACCAAGGAAACUGUGGCCUGGAGAUACAAUUUGGAUGUCUCCCCGGUGGUUGAGGAAAUGCCUCCCGGGUCGGAUGUGGCCUAUGUCUGUCCUACUUGUGGACAGAUGUUCUCGCUGCACGACCGCCUGGCCAAGCACAUGGCCUCGCGUCACAAGUCCCGCAAUCCUGCCAAUGAUAUUGCCAAAGCCUAUUCCUGCGAUGUUUGCCGGCGAUCCUUUGCCCGCUCCGACAUGCUGACCCGCCACAUGCGCCUCCAUACGGGCGUCAAGCCGUAUACGUGCAAGGUGUGCGGUCAGGUGUUCUCUCGCUCGGAUCACCUGUCCACCCACCAGAGGACCCAUACCGGCGAAAAGCCCUACAAGUGCCCGCAGUGUCCGUAUGCCGCCUGUCGUCGGGAUAUGAUCACCAGGCACAUGAGGACCCACACGCGCUACGAUUCCAAGGGAGGAUCGAGGGAGGGCAGGGAAGGACGCGAGGGCAGGGAGAGUCGCGAGUCCCGCAGGAGUGGCGAGCGGAUCGAGGAGCCCAAGUCCCCCAAUUCCCAUCCGCUGCUCGACAUGAAGAUGAACAUGAACAUGGGCAUGGGAAUGGGCCUGAACAUGGGCCUGCCCAUGAACCCCAUGAGCCUGCUGCAGGAAGAGCUGCUGCAGAAAUCCCAACCCGGCUUAACCCUCGGUGGCCCUAUGCCACUGGUGGUGAAGACGGAAAGCGCCUAACGGUAUCUGUAUGCAGCAGCAGCCAGACCGUUUAUGACCUGUUAGGUGUCAACGUCAUCAUCAUCUCGAUAUUGACAGGCCCAGCUUAGUGCUACACAGAAAGAAAAAAGAGAAACAAAACAACAAAACAAAAAUCUAAAAAGAUAACAUAUUAACUAGAGCAGUUUGUACUUGUACCGGAAAUCUCUGCUAAGACUGAGGAACCUUAAUACUACCUACAGUUUAAAUAGGCUAAAAACAACCAUCUAACUAACUUUGUAAAAGAAAGAGAGAGAGAGAGUUUGAGGGCAGCACUCAAGACCACCCAACGUAUUAGCACUUAAACUAGUUCUAGUUGCUAGAUCCAUUUUGCGUUAAAUGAACCCCCAGGAGUUUAGAUAGCCAGGAUCUUCGAUACAGCUAGCAAUUCCAUGUUCCACACUUAGGUUAUACUAUAAUUUACUAUAUAUAUUAUAUAUAUAAAGAUGAUCAGAUCCCUACUGCGAUCCGAUCUCUCAGCAUUUUGAGCAACGUUGAAAUUAUUAAGCUAGACUCGCUACUUAGGCUAGAAGUCAUGCCGCAUUGGAGAAGGCAUUAAUUUUAAUUAAAUUUUAAUUUAUUUUUAACAUUACUCAGCAGCAUGUAAACAAAUACCACAACAAUUUGUAUUAAUUGAAUUUUACUCUAUUUUAUUUAAUUUAAUUUAAUUAACUAGCCUACGGAAAAACACAAACAAAAGACAAAGAAUUCUCCCUAG